AUGUCCAUGGCAAACCAGACAACGGUGACCAAGUUUAUUUUCCUGGGACUUCCCAGUGAUCCGCAGCUCCAGACUUUCCUCUUCCUGGUGUUCCUAGUUAUUUACCUGACCACGCUAGGGGGCAAUGUGUCCAUCAUGUUGGUGAGAAGGGCUGAUCCCCACCUGGGCACCCCCAUGUAUUUCCUCCUCUCCCAUUUAUCCUUCUCAGAUAUCUGCUUCUGCUCAAUGCUGGAGACCCUCCUAUCAGAGCGGAAAACAAUUUCUGUCAGCAGCUGCUUUGCCCAGAUGUUCUUCCGCCUCCUGUCGGGGUGUAGUGAGGUUUUCAUUCUCUCAGCGAUGGCUUAUGACCGAUAUGCUGCCAUUUGCAACCCGUUGCAUUAUAUGAGGACAAUGAGCAAACGCGUCUGCAGUCAGCUGGUGGCCGGUGCAUGGCUGAUUGGAUCUUUGUAUGCCCUCAUCAACACGCUCCCUCUGUCGGCCUUACAUUUGUGUGGGCCUAACACAAUCAACCAUUUCAGUUGUGAGCUCCCCUCCUUGGUGGCUCUGUCCUGCUCUGAGACCUUCACUAGCGAUAUGGUGUUUCUCACCUCUGCUCUGAUGAUAGGUCUGGUCUCAUUCUCCCUUACCCUGGACUCCUACAUUCAUAUCCUCACCACCAUCCUGAGGAUACGCUCUGCGGAGGGCAGGCAUAAAGCCUUCUCCACCUGCAGCUCCCACCUCAUUGUGGUGGGUUUAUUCUACGGGACAGGCUUGUUUAGGUAUUUCAGACCCAAUUCGGCCUCCUCGGUGGUGCUGGAUGGCCUGGUGUCCAUCCAGUACAGCAUCUUAACGCCCAUGUUAAAUCCCCUCAUCUACAGCCUGAAAAACAAGGAGGUGAAGGCAGUUCUGAGGAGACUACUGGGGGUAAAGAACCACUCAGCUCCCAAGUAA